CACAGCCUUUACGCAGUCUGUUAACAACAGUUGAAUUCCCAUGUUCGUGCUAAUAAUAAACGCGAAAGUUGUCGAUCAAAGAUGAAAUAUUUUUAACGAAUGUUUAGUUUUAUUUAUAUGACGUGUACCAAUCGAGGAUACAAAUAAACGACAGAAGAAUGUACGAUUUAAUAGCUUACCCAGUCGAUACUAGUUUUACGCGGAAAAGAACGAUAGAAGGAAUUCUAGAUGUGGGAGAUUGUGACGUCUACUACAGGACCGCGGGGCGAGGACGCGGAAGAUAUAGCCAGGACAUCGGUGGUGGGGAGCGGAUCGCGAAGCGUUCAGGAUUCGGAGCGAGCGCCAGACGACCGAUCAGUCGCAUUGUCAGAAGUGUCGGAAGGAAGUGUCGCGGCAGCACGGCCGCUCGUUCGAUCGUCAGUCGCGAAAAGGAAGCGAAUCGGUUCGAUUCGUACCCGUCGCCCGCCAAACUAGCGCUCACAGCUGUGGUCAGCGUCGCGGUGCUCACCUGUCAACUCGCCGAGUCUUAUCUGCGAGUCGCCAGCCGAUACGCCACGUGCGCGAUGGGCAUGAUGGGAUUGCUCAAAUGGGUGAAAAAAGAUAUUAUACAAAAAGAACGAAACGUAUGGAAUUUAGUACAGAAUCAGUGUGGACUGAACAACGAAUCUUACCGCAAUGCUCUGCAGGCUUUUAUAGAUAGAAGACGAAUCUCAAGCGUGGAAGCAGAUGCACCAUGUAGCCCUGAUAAAUCAAAACCCGACCUCCUUUGGCCAAAAAUAAACAACAAUAAAUGCGACAAUAACCGGAAAGCGCAAGAAUCACAAUCGAUCCUACCGGGUGUGCCGCACAUACCUGCCUCGGAAAUUUUCGAAAUCGGUUGGGUACCAGGCACGGAAGACCGAUACCUUGAGCUGAUUUUUGCCGAAUGGCAAAACACCAGAGUUUCUCUGAAGAGGCAUACGCAUCCGGAGUGCAAAGACGCUGUGAAAGCCGACUUGGAUGUACUCUCGGAAAUUCAGCAUCCAAACGUGCUACUGUUGAUGGCCACCAUCCAUACGGACGACCACGGUCUGAUCUCUAUCUUCGAAUCCAUCGACUGCACCCUCUACCACUAUAUACACGAUCAGGGUGAACGAAUAUCGAUACAAGGUAUCGCUAAAUGCGGAGGAAGACUGUCCGAUGCCUUGAGGCAUACACACAUGCGCGGCUACGUGCACACUGCCAUCAGCUCGCAUUGCGUCUAUCUGGCUUCCAGCGGUAUGAUAAAACUUGGUGGAUGGGAGCUAGCCAAGCACAUUGGUAGCCCGAAACAAGACAGGAAAUACGAGGAACGUUUAAGGGCAGAAAUCUUCCGCUGGCAAGCACCAGAACUUUUUCACAGUUACGAACCACGCAAGGAGAGCGAUGUAUAUGGACUUGCUAUGCUGAUUUGGGAAAUGUGUACAAUGAACGUACCAUGGAGCGGAUACAGCAGAGCAGAUGUGGACAGACAUUACACACACUGGAAACGUGGUGUCGUUACGGAUUCAUACGAUUUCCCACCUUUGCUUAACAAUCUACUAGAAGCUGGACUGCAAUUGGACGUCACUAAAAGAACGUUAGAUAUGAAUCGUAUGCGUAGAUUUCUACAGAGACUAGAGAUGCAGUACGAGGAUGAGGAACCCGUGUACGUCGAUCAGUACGCAAACAACAAUAACGAGAGCGGAAAGACGUACGUUUUGCCGGCGACGAAACAUUCCGUGGUGAUGUCGAAAAGUAAGGAUUCGAAACUUGCCAAAAGUGCUUCGAUGAAGCAGUUGUACCCCUCGAAAACCUCUGAUUCCCCAGCAAAACAGUAUUUGCACUCGAGGAAAACUGUAUCCAAGCAAAAUGCAAGCUCAAAGACGCCGACGCACACCAAACAAGCGAACCUCUUCGUAGAUGAUAUGAAACGCACCCCCAAAGAUGACUUACAGAAGGGCGCAAACAUAGUCUGCGGCACGCAGAAUAAUUAUAGGAAUGGAAGCUAUUCGAAUUGCGAUUUAGAAACGACGGACAUUCUGAGGGAGAAAGAUUUCGAAGAUACUUCGGACACUCUGCAGCCGUGGCAAUGCGCCUACAAAAAGGUGAGGGGACCGGGGGAACUCGUGGACUCUAGAACCGUAUCGAUAUAUUCCUCACCGUUGCCGGAUUCUACCGACGAUGAAUCCUUCAAAGAUGCGAGGACCAAUUUGGAACAAUUGAAGAAAGCAUUGGCGAACAAGAGAGAACACUUCUUCUACGGAAGUGAUUCGUCGUCCAACUCUGCAGACUCAAGUCAGGAAACUAAGAACAUAAUAUUCGCCCAAGUAAAGAGCAAAGACUAUGAACCACAUAAGCCAGCUAGCCACAAAACUAGUUUGGAACCGAAAUUCAAUAAAUCUCCUGGUCAGUAUGAUCCGUCUUGUAUGAAAUCGUCGUUUCAGCAAUAUCGAAAGAUUCCUUAUUUGCACACGCCAGAAAGCAUUAAGGACGCUAUAGCGCAGCCACAGGUACUAAAUUCUGACCCGCAAAGCUUUUUCGAAACUUCUUUGUGGAGAAAGGAAAAGUUAAUUUGUUUGGCGAAAAUGAGAAAAUCGUAUGGAGAUGAAUCGGUACACUCAAAUGAUACAAUUUGUAAUGGUACUUUGAGCGAAAAUGAAACGUCGGAAACAAACUCUCCAAAAAACGCUACCGAAACAGAAACCAGCCAAGACGAAUUAACAGAAAUUCCUCUGCAAAAAGACAUAAAAGACGCAUUGGAUCGAGCUACGAAAAUUCUACUUUCUGCCACGCCAAAAACUGAUGAUGUGCGUUCGACAUCUUCGUUUGAAACAUACUCGGACUUCGACGUUAUGUUGGACGACAGUCAAGCCUGCAAAAACAUUUUCGAAGAAACGUACAAUUUGCGAAUGAACGACGACAACGAAGAGAUCAAAUGUAUCGAAAGAUCGACAAAGAGAAACGAAAUGAAUUUGUUCGGAAAGAAUGAUACAAUUGAUAAAACGGCAGAGACAAACAAAUCGUUUCUGUUCAAUGAAAAUGAUAUGAUAGAGAAAAGAACAAAUAUCAAUGAACCCCAACAUGACAAUGAUAUUUCCAUCAGUGUUGCUAGUUAUGAAAAUCCUUCUGAUUCAUACGAUGCAACGUACAGCAGAAAUUUUGUUUGCGAAUCUAUCGCCGAAGUAUCAAGUGAAUUUCUCAAUGUUUCCUAUACCGAUUCAAAAUUAAACAAGACAACCGAAUUGUAUAGCAACUCGGAAACCACCGUCGAGAAACAAGAGAAGAAACCCUUAGAAGAUGUACAACAUAUUUCUGCGACGAUCGAAGAACGUGAUAACGAUGUUCGAAUACAAAUUAACGAUAACGAAAAGAAAUCCGAAACAACGAAUUUGAAUUUCAUGUUUUUAACCGACACGUCGAAAACUAAAAACUGCAAAUCAUGUUGUCCGUCCGAUUUGCCAAGGCGACGUUCUUUACCAGCAGCAUUGAGCCAGUUAAAACUACUUAAUAAUUCAACGUUAGGGAAGCUACCUAUACGCAGAGGGGAUGUUCCAGACAACACUGUUGAAGACUUAUAUAUAGAUGACGAAUUCGGCGAUAGUUUGAACGUUAAUAUGGUUUUAUUAGAUGAAGAUUUAUUAUACGAUGACGAUUUCUUACCCGACUUACUAGAAAUAUAGGAUAUUAUAAAGUAAUUAUCAUUUCCAUUAUCCAAAACUGACGAAUAGUUUAUUAAAUUUCAUUUUUAAAAAAACACUUGAAAUAUUACAUGAUCAUUACGUUCCAAUACUGUUGGAAUAAUCAGAACUGACAAGUAAGCACCUACAAAUGUUUUAUGUUCAUUUUCAAAAAUCUUCAUAUAUUUUGUAAUUUCGAUUAGUACAUUAACGUGUAUCUCUAUGUUACGUAAAAUAUGAUC